UACAAAAUGGCUGUAGGAAUAUCAGAAAAAGGUGUCUAAAAAAUUAAAGAAAUAAGAUUGUCUGUUUCUCACAACCAUUAAUAUUAUUUAUGUAAACAACUCAAGAUAAGUGUGCAUUUUAUAAUAUAAUACAAGUGUAUACAGGAGAUUAAGCCCGUUGAACAAGAAUGAGUGAAACAGCAAAUGGCGAAGCAAAUAUCGCUGAGUCUGAUGAAAAGAAGCCGGUUGAAUUGCAGAAAGAUGUUCAAUUCCCGCCUUUACCGGAUCCCACAGAUGAUGACUUUGAUGAAGAUGUCCCGACGGAGGAAAGAGAAUAUUAUAAAACUAAGUUCAAAGAUAUUAACACAAUUAGUUCCAUGAAGAUACAUUGUACUUCAUGCGACCGCCAUAUGGGCUGCGCUCCAAAGAAUGAGAGUCGUAUGCGUGCACACCCAAUGUUAAGGACGCUGGUGUGUCAUACCUGCCAUACCUUCUAUAACAGUGGGGAGUUUGAGAAGGGUGAUGAUGGUUGGGAACUUUACUGUCGAUGGUGUGGUCAAGGAGGCCAAGUUUAUUGCUGCUCUAAUUGCCGUCAUGUUUUUUGUGCUAAAUGUAUAAAAAGAAAUUUAGGGCCAAAUAAAAUUAAAGAAAUUGAAGAUUUAGAUGAUUGGAAAUGUUUCAAAUGUAAUACCCAGUGCUUAUGGGACUUGCGAGCUACAUGUUGGGCUGUCCUACGUUACUGUGAUAUGAAAAACAAAAUUGCAUACAAAACUGAGGAUCCAGUAAAAAAAGAAGCAUACCUUAAAGAAUGUGGAGUAGAUCUGUCAGAGUGUUGUAAGAGUAAAGGAAGAAAAAAAGACAGUCGAAAGAAAGAAAUUGAAAAUGCUGUAAAAAAGACUGCUGAUUCAAUCAUUUCAAAGAUGCCUCCAACAAUACAGGUUAAAAAAUUUGCAUCUAUGAAGCAAGAGGAAAAAGUAAAACCUGAAGUAAAAAAGGCAACUAAACGAGCAGCAAGUCCUAGGAGUAAAGCAAAUAUAAUAAAGAAAACAGGAAAGCAUCCUAAUGAAUAUAAUUUGUCCCCUGCUAUGAAGAAAAUGAGGAUGUCAGCACCAGUGAAAGUUAUAAGUGAAAAGAAUAACUAUAUGCAAACUAACAAUUUAAUAAAAAUAAGACCAAAGCCCCCUGCGGUUGUUUAUAAUGGAGCAAAUAGGUCAUUUGGUAAUAUGUUUACAAAUGACAAUAUCAACUUGUCAUUAGACAGCCUCACACAGGGUCUCGAUAUGUCUGCUAUGACAAGCACAAAUACUGUUGAUGAAGAAAUGGUGUGUACACCGGAUUUCCCAAUAGAACCCCUUUGUGAGGUAACUGAAGACAACACAGAUGAUGACGUUCAGUGUAUAACACCAGCGCCCAUUCCACAGCCAAAGGCUUCGGUAACAACCGGAACUGGCAUAGUUAAGCAAAACAUAAAAUUGUCAGACUUAUCUCAAGAAAAUAUAAUUCAAAUGACGGAAAAUGAUGUCACAGUAAAUGCUGCAACUGGUGGGCUUAAAUUCCGUGUUGAUCCACAAACAUUAUUAUCUAAUAAAAUGUAUAGGCUUCCUGAUGGCAGAAUAUUUGCAAUUAGUGCGAAUCCACAAAUGCCUGGAGGAUAUUCUGCGACAAUUGUUGCAGUGACAGAAUCGCAAUCGAAACCACCCGGAACUACAUACGCUGCGAAACUUAAUCAAGUUCCUAAAUUAAUACCGACAACCCCGCCACCCUUGAGACCUACUUCUUCCAAUCGCACUCAGCCAAGCCGUCAGGCAAAUACCCGCCGAAACGUAGCCCAAACGGCAAAGACGAGGCGAUCUACCAUGAAUUCAUCGAAAGAUAUAGAUACUAAUGUUCCAGUGGAAUGGUAUAGAUAUAAUCUGCUCGAUUCCAUCGACGCACUAGAGUAUUCAUUAUCUAGGCUAAAUAAACUAAAGAAAGAAGCGACUACGCCAUUUUUAAGGUCGAGAAAUAUUAACCAGAUGCGGGCACUGCAUAGAAGUUUAGAAAGUGUAUUAAAUACUUCUUGUCACAGAUUUAAUGAAAUAAAAGAAUGCCUUCAAAAAGAGUUAAAAAAAUAUAUUUUAAAGAAAGAUACAGAAACACAAAACAGUGAAGAUGAUGACGAUGUAGAAAUAUUGCCCAACGUGGAUGAUGAUCCUAUUUUUAUUGAUGAAAAUUCAGGGGACUCUUGUGGGAAUGAACCUCAAGAAGUAGAUUUAACAGGGCCUGGAAGUAGUGAGCACAAUGACAGCUCAGAGCAUUUACAACAUAUCGUGGAGCCAGAAACGAUAAUUUGUGAUGAAAUUAAUGUAGGUAAUGAUGUUUUACCUGCUAAUGACAUAGACACUUUCGGUGACGAAAGGUCGGGAAAAGAAUGUGUAAAUGUAGGAAAAGAAGACAAAAUCACGAAAAUAAUAGACGAUAGUACGGAAAAUAUAGAUGAAAAUACGGGAAAAGUCGACGAAAGCUCGAUAAGCGUAGAUGAACACUCUGAAAAACUCGAAAUAACCAAUGAAAAGUCAGAUACAAGCAUGGAAAUAACAGAUAAAAGCACGGGGAAAGCAGAUGAAACAGAUUCGGUAAGUGGUAAUAUCUCAAAGGAUACCAGCGAUAAUAGUAUACAAAUAGAUAAGCAAAGCAGUGAGCAGGAUGAAAUUAAUGAAGAUUUAAAGAGUGGUUGUCAAACAAAAUUAAAAAAUGAAAUUGAACAAAAUAAUGAAGAAAUUGCAACUGAACCUGACAAGGGGAAUGAUAAAGAUAAUGAAACACAAUCUGAAAGUGUUAUAAAUAAUAGUGAAGAUAAAGAUAUUUCGGUUGGAGAAAAAAAUACUGAUGAGUCGAGCUCUGAAAAACGUGAAGAAAAUAAUGGACCGAAUGUGGACAUGUGGUACGAUGAUAAUGAGAAUGAUAACUAUGACAUAAGUGAGAAAAUGAUUGAAGACUUGUUGAAGGAUAAUAGCAAAGUUAGUAAGGACAUGCCCAGCGACUGUAUGUUGGACACAUCCAGUGACGUCAUAGGAUGAUUAUUGUGUGUAAUUGUGUAAAGAUCUUGUGCUGCUGAAGUACAAAACUAUUAAAAGUAUAAAUUGUAAAUUUAUUAUUAUAGGCUAAGUUCCAUUCUGUCUUAUUGGAAUUGGUGUAACAUUAGGAUUUUUAUUUGUGUAAUACUUGUUUAAGAUACUAUGACGUAGGAGUGUACAGGUACAGAUAAAAUAAUACUUAACAGGUAAUAAAAGUAAAAAUAAUUGAUGAUAAUCUUUCAAUUUUGCAGUACUAUUGGCCUUUUCUUUUACUGUUUUAUUGGAGAACUGGGAGUUAAAAAAGACAAUAGAUCUUUUAUAGAGAAAUUUUAUUAUUAUAAGUUGUGGUAGAUAUUGUGUACCAUAUAUUAUAUUCUGUCGUGGGCAUUCUUCCUCUAUGCUAUAAGGUACUGACAGAAAUGUUCAUAAGAGAGCAUGCUUAUAAGAUAACUGUUUCCUUUAAAUUCUAAAAUACAUAAGUUCUGUCCGUAAAGAUCUCAAUAAAUUUAUUGUAUUGUUUGCAAUACAUACAAUUGAUGAAGAUAAUUUUUCGUAAAUAAAUGAAUAAAAUAGGAUAUUUGUGUUUGUAUCUAAAUAAAUAUACCCACCCGCGCGUCAGUUAUAGCUGCCCUCGAAUUCUAGGUCGUUUUGAAUCAAAUGCAAUGCACAUGCUUGUUAGUAACAACUGCUCAAUAGUGACUGUUUUCGUGCUAGCAAAGAGCAUGUUUGUCAGUACCAUAAUUAUACUGUAAAGGUAGAAAUAUUUAUAAUAAUAUGUUUAAUGUAAUGCACAAAUUACAAAUUUCAUUAAUCCGCAAAUUAUUAAUCACUAUUACUUAUUUUUCAAUGCUAUUCUCUAUCAAGUCAAAACACACACUAAUUAUAAAAACCGGCAAUAUAAAAAAUAUGUUAGGUGAGUUUAAACAAUGUAUCUUUGAGCCAUACAGUUUAUUUAAUCAUAAUAACUUCACAGACACCCAUAUUGUAAGAUGAUUCCUCGAACGUUGUUCGGCUCCACUAAACCUGAGUAUUCGUAUAUAGUAGAGUCACAGUAUCUGUAUAGUACAAGUACAGAAGACGUACAGUCUUGCUACGAUACAAUUAAAUGCAAUUCUGAUCGCGCAACGCUAAUUACCUACAUUUUUAUUCACCUGGAAGUAGCCUCUCUUUCUAUCACGUAUCUUUUACCCCUUCUAACGACUUUUGGGUUGUUUUCUGUUAGCGAAUAUUUUAACCCGUAUAUUUAAUUACCAGUUAGGUAUGUGCUUUUUAACCUACUUUGUAAAUUAAUGACGCUUAUAAUACUGAAGAAAUUAACAUAGGCUAGAUCUUAAUAGUAGACCAGAAAACAUUUAUUUUUGAAAUGUUAGCAUAGGCGGGUUGAUACUUAUAACGAAAUAGAUCUUCGAUUUCAGACAUCAUAUAUUCAUUAAAUUCUAAUAAAUUCGUGAAAGAAUAAAACACCAACCUAGAGGUAUAAAAUAUACAUUCCUACUUAUUUUCGUAACGUAGGUACUUAGGUAUGAAACGACUUAGUAUAGUAAUAAUAAUAAUCACCAUAGUAAAUCUUACCUUGCAGCGUACCGCUACCAGCUACCUAAUAGCUUGUGUUUAAUAGCUAAACACCGCACAAUUUUUUUUAAAAUGUUCCUUCGUUGUUUUUAAACCUUCGGUCGGAUCUGUGCAGCACAUGUCGCACAAAGCUCUCGCGUGCGUUACUAAGCUUUGGCAGUAGCCUGCCCGUGAGUCUCUGCUAGAUAGAUAGCCACGUUGGCGCGUACUUACUAAUAUGAUUUUUAUUUUCUAAAAUCAAAGAGAACUGCUCUGCAUUUUCUGAUUUGCUUGAAAUUAUCCCAAAGUCAUCAAAGUUGAAUCUGAGUCGAGAAACUUAAAUGUUCAUUCUUAGAAUAUGGGUGUCACGUUAAGCAUGUGUUAAGUUCCGUUUAAGUAUAUUUCUACAGUCAUUUGUAAAAAUAGAUUUGGCGAUCCGUUGGAAAAUACAUAAUUUUAAACGGCUCAUUUUAAUUUUAGCAGUAUCUUAAAAUAGGAUAAUUUUAAAGAAUAUCAAUUUGAACGAAUGCCAAUAUAUUGUGGGCUUAAUUUUAACCACUUCGGAAAAUCAGAUGUUAUGAAUGUUUAAAUGAAAAUCCGAUUUAUAAUUAUUGUCCUACGAAAACGUUCGUUUACCAUGGCCAAGUUUAAUAAUGCUAUGAUUGAUAAUUAUAAUUGAUAAUAUAAAUGAAGAUGCUUAAAAAACGUCAAUAAACAAACAUUGCGAGAGAUCGCAAUAGGCGGUGUCGUGUUAUUUAUUGGUUUGCGAGCGCGAUUUUAAAUAAGUGAAAAUUACAGGUCAAUUCAUAUAAUUCAUUAUUAAUUGAUAAUAUAAUUUGAACAUAAUUCAUAUAAUUUGAGCAGAAAUCACGUGAAGUAUACUUGACAAUUGUUAUUUAGAUAUAACAGACUAAUUUAUUAAUAAUUGUAAACUAUAUUUGGCAAAUAUAUAACUGGACGUGUGCGUCUUUCAUGUAAUACUUAAACUUGUAUCUACUACAAUUUGAAUAUACUAAAAAAAGUGGUAGAUUCUGACAUAAUAUAUGGUUUUUCAAUCUUAUUUGAAUUUCAAUGAAAGUGUGUAUUAGAAUUUGAAUAAAAAUAAUCAUAAUGGAACUAGGUAUAUUAUUUAGCAUACCUACGUUCAAUCUAGAAACUUUAUUACUUGCAGUAGGGUCAAUAAAUACUUACUAUCAGUGGUGUAUUGUUUGUAAGGACAAGGUCUAAAAUCUAAAUACAUCUCAUGCAUUCCGUGAUAUUACACAAAUUUGAGUCAUACAAUGUUUGCUGUGUCGUUUACAUUGAAAAAAAAAACGGCCAAGUGCGUGUCGGAGUAUAGUUGGAGGAUUUUUUUUGUUGUGCAAGUAAGUAUCUUUUACAUUGAAAAAAGCAAAAUUUCUCAAAAACGCAAAAUGUUUCGCUGAAAGUAAUGCCGAAGAAAGUAUUGAUUAGAUUAUUUUUUAGAUAAUUUAAUAUUUUCGUGCUCAUGCAAUUCGGACCAAUCCUUAUAUAUUAUUGUUUAUCGCUUUAAUUUUGACUGUACGCGGAACAUGUUUUUUUUAUAAAAAAUAUGUGACAGUAAAAUUUUUACUGACGCCUCAUAAUUUAUAUUUUAUUAAUUAUUCAACAUAAUAUGAUUGAUGUUACCAUGUGCACUAGAAAUUUUAAAGUCAUAUUUUAUAUAGUGUAGAUGUAAACCGUUUAUUAAAAUUGUUAAUUAAGGAUUUGAUAAUUUUACAUGUUUCAGCUGAGUGUAACAGUAGUGUAUACAGUUGGGUCCCCAGUGUGUGUGUGUUUCAGGCUUGUGUUGGUAUUCUGAGCCACUAUAAAGACUCCACUUGUUAUAAUGUGAUUAAGAGUAUUCUAGCGUAAUAGACGAAAACACUCUCAAUACGGCGAGACUAAAUAUAAAAUGUUCAUGUGUAAUAUCAGAUGUAUGUAAUAGUGAGUUAGCGCCAUAAGUGUGUAGUUUUGUGCUUUUGGUCAAACCCUAUGACAAAUAUUGAUAAACGGCGUCAUAUUCACGUGUAUAAAAUGUAAUAGAAAAUAUUUAAUGAAUAUGUUCUACGAAAGAAAGUACCACGAAAGCAGAGAAGAAUCAGUAUUUAGCUGUGAAAUGUUCUAGGUUUUUGUGUAAGGAUAGUUAUAUCACUCUCACACCGCGUUCGUCUAUUACGACUAGUAAAUAAUGUUUAUGUCAUGAGUAUAUUAAGUUUAUAAAACAUUUAGAAUUUAUAGUUAAUAUUUAGAAAUGUAUAUUAGAUUUAAGAAUACGAUACAAAUACGCGGGCAGAAGUGAGCAUUUUAUAUUUUCGUUCAUUCAAGUUAAAAGAUCUUGAUAUGAUCAUAGUUUGUGAUAUAAGUUUGGUUUUGUAGAGUGAUUCUUUAUAUUUUGUAUUCUGUUACUUUUGUUGAUACACAUUUUGUUUAUUGAACUUUAUAAUACUUAGUAUAUGGAAAAAAUAUUAUAUCCAUUAGAAGAAUAAAUUGCUGAUCAUA